AUGAUGGAGGCCUCCUUACGGCGCAUUGCAGCGCCACUUCUUUUUAGAGAUGGCUUCGCAGCAGCAGCAAGGGACUCCAGGACAGCAGCAGCAGCAGCAGCAACAGCAGCAGCAACAACAGCAGCAGCAGCAGCGGCAGCAAGGAGCCGCCGCUUCCGUUCAAGCUUCUUCCUAGAGCCAACAACUCAGCAGCAUGCAGCAGCAGCAGCAGCAAGAACAGCAGCAGCAGGAGCAGCCCCAGCAGGGACCUUUCCCUUUGCUGCAUUUGGCGUCCACAGCAGCAGCAGCAGCAGCAGCAGCAGCAGCAGCAAACAAAGCCGCCGGUGGUACUCCCGCGCUGGGGGCAUGCGGCACCCAAGGUCCAGGACAGCUUCUACAGACCCCGAUGUUUUAAACCGCAAAGCAGUUUGGGCUUUAGAGCGCCGCAGCUGCAGACGCAGCUUGAUGCAGCUGCUGCUGCAGCACAGCAGCAAAGCUGCUGCUUUUGCUGCAGUAGCAAACUGCCUUGCACAGUGCGUGCACCUGCUGUGUCUGCCAGGGCCCUACACUCUUUUCCUGCCGCUGGACUCUGGAUUUCCUUUGGCCUUAUCUGCUGCUGCGCUGUGCAAAGUUGCUGCGCGGCUGCAGCUGGUGGGUGCUGCUGAUGCUGCUGCUGCUGUUGCGCUGCGCUGCUUCCCCUUCCCGGCCUUCCCGCUGCAGCUGCAGCACGAGCAGCUGCAGCAGCUGCUGCGCGAGCAGCAGCAGCUCACGCCCGCAGCAGCAGCAGCAGCAGCAGAAGCAGCAAAAGAAAAACUCGCCCUCUUCAUCAAGGCCCACAUGAUCGAGGGAAAGUUUACCCUUAAACGCUUACUCACGCAUCCGUCGCAGGCUCUUCCUGCAUCCGAAACAGCAGCAGCAGGUGCAGCAGCAGCAGCAGCACCGAGUGCUGCUGCUGCUGCUGCUGCUGCUAGCAUGCAUGCACUGCUGAACGGCGCAGGCACAGGCUGCUUCUCUUUGGGCUAUUCUUUGGGAGGAGACAAAAUAAUAAUAAAGAGACAAAUAAAUGCUGCUGCUGCUGCUGCUGUGCUGCGCACCAGCAGCAACAACAUGCCGCCUCCCCCGCCCGAGUUGCUGCAGGAGCUGCAGCAGCAGCAGCAGCAACAGCAGCAGCAGCAGCAGCAGCAGGAGCUGGGCCGCGGGCUGUUUCGUGUUGCAGUUGGCAGCAGCAAUUUGCUGCUGGGGGAUUUGAAAGCAGCAAAUGGAAUAGUGCAUAUAAUAGACAGGCCUUUGGUGCCUUCAGCUCUAGCAGCAAAUUAA